GCCGCCGGGAACAGCAGUGCGGAAUCUGCCGCGCCGAACCCGCCGCGCCGUGCGCGCUCCCGCGGGCCGGCGGAAAGAUGGCGUCGGUGUGGGAUGAGUCGGAGGACGGUGUCGGCGAGGAGGUGCUGAAGAUGUCCACGGAGGAGAUCGUGCAGCGCACCCGCCUCCUCGACAGCGAGAUCAAGAUCAUGAAGAGUGAGGUACUGAGAGUGACCCACGAGCUCCAGGCCAUGAAAGACAAGAUCAAAGAAAACAGUGAAAAGAUCAAAGUGAACAAAACCUUGCCAUACCUUGUCUCCAAUGUCAUUGAGCUGCUGGAUGUUGACCCAAAUGACCAGGAGGAGGAUGGAGCAAACAUUGACCUGGAUUCCCAGAGAAAGGGCAAGUGUGCUGUGAUCAAGACCUCUACACGUCAGACAUAUUUCCUGCCUGUUAUUGGGUUGGUUGAUGCUGAGAAGUUGAAGCCUGGAGAUCUGGUGGGGGUGAACAAAGACUCUUACUUGAUCCUGGAGACUCUGCCUACUGAGUAUGAUUCACGAGUGAAGGCCAUGGAGGUGGAUGAGAGGCCCACUGAGCAGUACAGUGACAUCGGGGGGCUGGAUAAACAAAUCCAAGAGCUCGUGGAGGCCAUUGUCCUGCCGAUGAAUCAUAAGGAGAAAUUUGAAAAUUUGGGUAUACAGCCACCCAAAGGAGUCCUUAUGUAUGGGCCUCCAGGAACAGGGAAGACACUUCUAGCUCGAGCAUGUGCUGCCCAGACCAAGGCCACGUUCCUGAAGCUGGCAGGUCCACAGCUUGUGCAGAUGUUCAUUGGUGAUGGAGCGAAGCUGGUACGCGACGCUUUUGCUCUCGCGAAGGAAAAAGCUCCUUCCAUCAUCUUUAUUGAUGAACUGGAUGCCAUUGGCACUAAAAGGUUUGAUAGUGAGAAGGCCGGUGACCGGGAGGUGCAGAGGACCAUGCUGGAGCUGCUUAAUCAACUCGAUGGUUUCCAGCCCAACACACAAGUCAAGGUGAUCGCUGCAACCAACCGGGUUGAUAUCUUGGACCCAGCUUUGCUCCGCUCUGGACGAUUAGAUCGGAAGAUUGAGUUCCCAAUGCCUAAUGAAGAGGCCAGAGCCAGAAUUAUGCAGAUUCAUUCACGCAAAAUGAAUGUCAGCCCUGACGUGAACUAUGAGGAACUGGCUCGCUGCACAGAUGAUUUCAAUGGAGCCCAGUGCAAGGCUGUGUGUGUUGAAGCGGGGAUGAUUGCCCUCCGCCGUGGAGCUACAGAGCUCACCCACGAGGACUACAUGGAAGGAAUCCUGGAGGUUCAAGCAAAGAAAAAAGCCAAUCUGCAGUACUAUGCCUGAUCCCUGCCCAGUCAAGGUUGUCGCCUUGGCAGAGGACAUGAAUAGACUGGACUGUAACACUUUCUGUCUGGAAAAAAUAAAGCAUUUUUUCCCUUUAAAAACAAA